AAUGAUAUUACCUCCAUCAGAUUAAAUACUUCAUUCAGUCCAAUCGAAACAAUGGUUCAAUUCUCGAUGUCAACCAAAAGCUAAAAUGCAGUAUUUGAAGUCAUAGCGUGAAAUUAUGAACGACAAUGUAGUCACUCAUACAUUUCGUUUAAUUGACAAGGAUUAAUCAAGUAACACUACCUACAUUUAUAUAAAGAAACACUUGAAAUUGAGGAGUUGUACUCCAUGUUUCUCAAGAAUGGAUAUCCAAUAAACAUCAAUUUGCUAAGGGGCUUUUUUGAGAAAGCAGACAAAGAUAAUAACAGUACCUACAUCACUAUUUUAAUAUAGAAUCGAUUGAAUUGGAAGAAUUUAAACAUGUUAUGUAUGAUGAAUAAGCCACGCAAUGUAAUCAGUCUUACUUAUAUAGCAUUUAGAGAAAUGAUGAGAAAAAUGAGAGAAUAAGCCAAAGAAUCCAAUUAUUAUUCUACUGACUUUGUUAGAUUAUUGAGAUAUCUCUCCUAUUGUCAAGAUAGAAAUGCUCUCCAAUUCUAAAUUAAUGUAAGUCUUCUUCCCUACCUAGAAUCACAGACUGACAGUGGAAAAGAGAUCAAAAUUAUUGUCUUAAUUAAUUUAGCUCAAUCAUCAAUAUAAUUAAGAUUAACAAAUUACUGAUGAGUAGUUAUAAGUCAAACCCUACAAGAAAUAGACAACUGAAAAGAAAACAUUACCACCUAUUAAUUAACAUUAUGUUGCCAAUUCAAAUCCAUCAUCCCUCAUUCAAUCCUAACUUAAAUUGAAUUUAAGUGAUGUUCAUAAGAAUUCAUCCUUAUUCCUACCUCCUUAUGUAUCCCCUCAAAAUACAGAUAGAAAUAUCAAGUAGCCUGGUCACAAAUAUCAAAGUUAUCUUAGAAUCAAUAAUAAAAUAUUUAGUAACAAUAAAAAAUGA